AUGCAACUUAACAGAGGUAACUUUCUUCAGCUAUUAGAUUUCCAUGCUCUUGGUAGAGAAGAUGUGCAAAGAGUGGUUGGGAGGAAUGCUCCAAAGAAUCUCCAACUCAGCUCUCCAAAGAUUCAAAGAGAUCUUAUUCAUGCCAUGACUUGUGAAACGACUAAGAAAAUCAUUGCAGAGAUUGGGAAUAAUUUUUUCUGCAUAUUGGUUGAUGAGACUCGUGAUAUAUCAAUGAAAGAGCAGAUGGCUAUUGUUUUGCGUUAUGUGAAUUCUGAUGGUUGUGUUAUGGAAAGAUUUCUUUGUACUUCUCAUGUGCGAAAUACUAAAGCUUUGACAUUGAAGCAAUGCUUUUGA